AUGGUUGCCAUUCCCACGACCCAGACCGCGGCUACGGUUCCAAAGCUGGGCGGCGGCGUUGUCUUUAAGCACGACUAUCCGGUUCCCCAGCCUGGCCAAAAUGAAGUCUUGGCCAAAAUUCUAUAUUCGGGAGUUUGUCAAAGCGAUCUCCAUACCCAAGCUGGCACAGCGAUGAGAGCAGAUGGAUCGUACAUCCUCGAUGUUAAACUACCUCAUGUAGGAGGGCACGAGGGUAUUGGCCGCAUUGUGGCUCUGGGCCCUGGAGUGCCUGAGGAUAUCAAAAUUGGCAGCUAUGUCGGCGUCCCGUUCAUAGCUCGUGUUUGCCAUCGGUGCAACUAUUGCUUAGCUGCAAAAGAGCAAUACUGCGCCAAGCAAUUGAACCACUUGCAUCAUAGGGAUGGAAGCUUCCAGGAAUAUAUUGUCAUAGGCGCUGAUUAUCUAGCGGUGCUGCCUGAUGACAUUGACCCAGUUCUGAUGGGACCCAUUCUCUGCGCGGGAGUGACUACUUAUAAGGCAGUGAAGAAUGCCAAUGUCAAGGCAGGCGAUUCUGUAGUAAUUGUUGGUGCUGGCGGUGGAUUGGGUCAUCUAGCAGUACAAUAUGCAUUGGCACAAGGAGCUAUUGUCUAUGGUGUAGACGGUGGCGCCGAGAAGGGAGAGUUCUUGAAACAAUAUGGCAUCCACGGCUAUAUCGACUUUACAACUACGCCCGAUGUUGUCGCAAAGGUCAAAGAGCUCACAAAUGGCGGAGCAGACGCAGCCAUAGUGGUAGCGAACAACCAAAAGGCUUAUGCUCAGGCCGCAGAGAUGCUUACUAUCGGCGGAACGCUCAAUUGUGUAGGCCUUCCCCCGGACAAAGUCUAUCUCCAGACAACUGUCGCCACUAUCGCGCUCAGGGCCCUCAACAUUACAGGGAAUCUGGUUGGAUCGCUGAAGGAAUGUCUAGAGGCGGUUGAGUUUGUAAGAAGAGGUGUUGUGAAGCCCAAAGUUGUCGUUCGACCAUUUGAGGACUUGCCAAAGAUUUACGAAGAGCUCGUUAGAGGCGAAGUUAUGGGACGAAUUGUCCUCAAAAUUGCAAAGGACGAAUAG